AUGGCCUACGAGCUGGCCAAGUUGAUGAGCUACGAGGUGCAUGAUCGCAUCAUCAAUUUGCUGUUCAACGAGCUGCAACGGGAUCCUAUAGAAGGAUUUGGCCGCCCCACUAUGGGGCAGUUAGCAGCCGCAGACCGUGAGGUGCACCUCAAGUUGGCGGAGUUGACAAGGGCAGGCCUGCCCCUUGGGCCCAAUGGGGAGUUACCCCUGGACAAGCAUGUUGAUGACGUUUUGAGGCUGCCAUCAGUGAUGUGGUUACUCAUGCCUAGGCCCAAAGGGAAUCCUGACAGAACGCCCUCGAAAGCAGCACCCGCGGCGCCAGCACCGAAGCAUCAACCUGACAAGAGGCCAACCAAGAACCACAAGUUCGACAAGACCAAAGGCAAGAGAGUGAAGACUCCCAUGCCCUUGCAACUACGUGGAGGCACACCCAACGACGCAGAUGGGAAAUCCAUCUGCUUUGGCUACAACCUUGGCACGAGCCCAUACGUUCCUGAGCCAUGGGGAUUCAGCUUGACUCCCGACUCGCAAGCGGUUGAGAUCGGAGCUGCCACAGCAGACCUGGGGUUGCUAGCGACUCAGUGUCGCACGGUGUUGAAGGCCCUCGGGAAAGACCCGAGCUCAAAGUUUCCAGAAGGCUUUCCCUGGCUCAAAGGUAUCAACCUCAUCAAAGUUGAGGCUGCGAACUCCCUCUAUGACUUUGCGGCAAAAGUCGCAUGGCUUUGCGAUGAGCAUGGGGUUUUGUUCACAGUGGAGAACCCGGCAAAUUCUUACAUGUGGGAAACAAAAUUUUUCAAGCACUUGGUGGAUCGAUUUUUCUUUCACAUAAUUGAUGCAUGUGAGUAUGGCUCAGAGCACAAGAAGGCAACUGCAUUUUUAGCAAAUUUUUCGGCAGACAGGCUCAGGCAACGUUGCACAGGCAACCAUACUCACAAAUCUUGGAAUGUUGAGAAAGCGGAGGACGGCAGCUGGCGUUUUGAUACAGCCAAAGAGGCCGAAUAUCCCACGAAACUGGCAAAACAACUUGCGCUGGCCUUGUUUGACAAGCUGCUCGAAUCGCAACAGUUUAAACUUCAGGACAAUUUGGAAGACCAUGCGCCCAAAGUGUCUUCAGAAGCUCAGCCACGCCGUCCCAAAGGGCCUUUGCUGCUUACAGAGUUCAAGACCAAAGUGGUUGUUUCAUGUGACCCUGCACAGGUGCCGCCUGAAACCAUCCCAGAAGCAGCUUCUCCGCCGUUGCAAGGGAUCCCAGUUGGAGCUAAGCGGCUUGACGUUCAGCCGGUGUUCAAUGAGAAGGGGGAGAAGGCCAUCAGUUUCAUUCUUCGUGAAGGUCCUGUAAAGACUGCACAACACAGGACCAGGAUGUUGAACCACUUCCUUGAGAGAGCGAAGUGCCUCCAGACUGAAGAGGCGAGACUCCAUGAGAGUCUGGAUCAAUCAAUCAGACCGGUGUUGGCAACCAAGCGCUUGCUGCUUUUCAGAGAAACGUUGGUUGAGGCUGGAGUUGAUGAUCCACAGUUGUUCGAUGAUUUACGUUUUGGCUUCAGGCUAGUGGGAGACCUCCAACCCUCCGGACAAUUUCAACCGCAGUGGAAGCCUGCUUCUUUAGACGUUGAGCAGCUCAAGCAGACGGCAGUGUGGGCUCAACGUGCAGUGAUUGCAUCCUGUCGGAAGGGUCUGGAUGAUUUGGAAGUGGCUCAGGCAGUAUGGGAUGAAACAAUGGAGCAGACGAUGCCAGACAAACAAUGGGUCAAAGGACCAUUUACUGCUGAACAGAUCACCCAGCGUUUGGGUCCUUCCUGGGUGCCGUCGAGGAGGUUCGGAGUCCGGCAAAAUGGAAAGAUCAGACCAGUGGAUGACUUUUCUCAAUUUUUGAUCAAUGCAACUGUGUCAUGUCAUGAGAAGAUUGACUUGGAGGGCCUGGACCACAUCUGCUCCACAGCACGCUUCUUCAUGGGAGCAUCCACUGAAGACGGUGACAUGCGCACCGCUGGGGACAAAGGAUCAGCCCCUUGCAAGAGGGCUCCAGAGUGGUCGGCCUCUGACGCCAAGGACAUUUUUGGGAGAUGCCUGGAUUUGAGACAGGCGUACAAACAACUCGUCAGACACCCAUGCGAUGCCUGGGCAGCAGUUUUAGCUGUCCCUUGCCCUGCUGAUGGAACAGUUUACUUCUUCGAGGCCAUUGCAUUGCCCUUCGGGGCUGUCAGUUCGGUGUUGGCGUUUAACCGGGCGGCGAGAGCUCUAAGGACAAUUCUGUCACGAGUCUUCAAGCUGGCCACAACGAAUUUCUUUGACGAUUUCUGCCAGUUGGAACUAGGCCUCCUCAAGGAAUCAGCGUGGAAGACUGCGGAGACGGUCAUGCAGCUGCUUGGCUGGAAGAUAUCCUCAGGAGAGGACAAACGGAAACCCUUUUCCAAAAGUUUUGAGAUCUUGGGCGCAGUGGUUAGCUUCAAAUCGUCUCCCAUUGAUGUGAUCGAGGUUUGCAACAAAGAAUCAAGGUGCGUAUUUGGAGAUCAUGUCCCACAGCCCUUCGUCACAGCCUGGGCGCGUGCUGGCAAGAGACAAGUCAUAGCCCAAGCUGAGAUGUUUCCAGUUCUCGCAGCUAAGUGCACAUGGAGAAAGCAGCUGAGCGGGAGGAGCAUCAUCUGGUUCCUCGACAACGAAUCAGCGAGGAUGGCUUUUGUAAGAUGUUUUUCACCAGUGAUUGACAAUUACUUCAUGUUGCAGUUGAACUCCAAAUUUGACUUGGAACUUCAGACAAGAAACUGGUACAGCCGUGUGCCCUCAAAAUCGAAUCCAUCAGACAGCGCGUCAAGACUCUCCUUCACAGAGUAUCAGAACUGCCACAUCCAAGACCCUUGCUACGAACGUUUGUUGAAGUCUCUGAGUGACUUUGAGUCGCUUAUGCAGUUGUUGGAAAGGGGUGGUGGGUAA